GCAGGAUGACGGCUGGCUUCAUGGGCAUGGCGGUGGCCAUCAUCCUCUUCGGCUGGAUCAUCGGCGUGCUGGGCUGCUGCUGGGACCGAGGCCUUAUGCAGUAUGUGGCCGGGCUGCUCUUCCUCAUGGGAGGAACUUUCUGCAUCAUCUCACUGUGCACCUGCGUGGCCGGGAUCAACUUUGAGCUGUCACGUUACCCCCGCUACCUGUACGGACUCCCCGACGACAUCAGCCAUGGCUACGGAUGGUCCAUGUUCUGUGCGUGGGGGGGCCUGGGCCUCACGCUGAUCUCGGGAUUCUUCUGUACCUUGGCCCCUUCUGUCCAACCUGUCCCGAGGACCAACUGCCCCAAAUCCAGACCCGAGAACGGGACAGUGUGCUAAAACAACAAGCCCAUACUCACACACACACAUAUAUAUAUAUAAAUAUAUAUAUAAUAUACAUAUAUAUGACAAAACUCAAUCAAGACAAUGCCAGUGCCAAGGCACAGUGGGGGUUGGCUCAGGCACCCACAUCUCGCCGGACUCUGUGUCACCUCAUCACCGAGAUGGGGGACGGCGUUCCCCUCACAUGGCUCUUCCAUCGAUUUGUAACUUCUGACUCCGUGGUUUCUUGAGGACAGCGUGAGCAUCACCCCUCAAAGACAGGGUCCCGAUUCCCACCACUCACAAGGAUGGGGGCAUGGGGGGGGGCUGGGAAGAGACGGUGCCUGUGGUCCAGGGUGGCACAGGUGUAGACAAGAAAAUGCCAUCCCCUGAGCCGACAGGAGGGGACACCACCCCAACCCCGAUCCUAUUGCAGAGAAACAGCGCCCUUAGUUCAUAGAAUGUAACCAGAUCUUCGAGGCCAUUUCCAGAACCAUUUUCUUCUCCUGCUCUUCCCGUUCUGAUUUCCUUCCUGGCCGACCAGCGACUCACCAGAAAGUAGACGAGAAAACCCACCGACAAGGAAGUUUUCUCUCUGCUGCCAAACUUUUGGAUGAAGUUCCAGAGGUGGGAAGGGGGAGAGAACGCCCUGCUGAGACGCAAGACCCACACCAAUGAAAGGACACUUCCGUGGAUGCUCAGAAAGCCCAGUCUCACCUUCCAACUGCCUUACACCCAGUUAAACAAGAGGCCGCCCUGCCCCAAACCCAGCCUGCACUCCCUGGGCAGAUCGGAGCCUUGGAGUAACCCUCUGGUGUG